AUGUCGGAUCAGAAGUAUUAUAUCUACUCCAGCGAUGCCGGGCAGAGCGGCGGCACCAACAAAUUAAUUCUCAAAAAAGACCUUCCAAUUGACGACUUUGUAUCUCGUUUGAAAAACAAAGUAAUUAUCCUACAAGAAACGCCAGAGGCUGAUGAAUACACACCAUGUGAUGCUUCGGAUGAAUGGGUGAAAUGGGUGGGCAAUUUCGGCGAAAACGGCCAGGUAUCCGCCAUGGUUGACCCAGAACUUGAACCGGAUGAGGCAUUGCAGAGCUUUCAGUUCAAUGUCGCAGGUCCCGGGGGACAAGCGUUGGUGUUCGAGUCGUCCGCAGAAGCCCUGGAGUCGGCGUUCGGCAGUGAGGCAGCAGGCCUAGUAGAUCCGCCAGGCGCUUUGGUUACGUCGAGUGUGCUGCUUUACAGUGGUCUUAUCGAGCCGUCAUCGAAUCUCACGGCAAAAGUAGAAGAUCUUUUCAACUAUGUCGGUCAGGAAGAACUGCUGGAAAAUCUUCCUUCCUCUCUAACGGCACUGACUGCGACUAUCAGCAGCUCAACUUACGAAGGCCGCCGCAAUGCCCUGUGGUUCAAUCCUGAACUCGAUUCCCAGACUAUCCUUCGAUUGCAGUACCAGCUUGAUGCCAAAAAUGCAUUCGAGGGCCUUCUCCAGAACCAAGUGCCCGGUUUGGAGUUUAUUGAAUUCGCCGCCAUCUGCAGGAAAAUCAUGACAGAGGGCCAGACAGCCGAUGAUGAAUUGGUCGGAGUUGAUCAGGGCACUGUCUCAUUGCAAGCGACCUGCACCGUGUCGAAUACGAAAAUGGCUGCUCCGCUCCAAAUGACCAUGGGAAUCGACUUCAGCGAGUCCGGAAUGACUUUUAUUUUGAAACCGAGCCAGCAGAGCGAUGGUAAUCUGGACGAUGUACUCAAAUGGCUGGAAGGAGUAGUUGCUUCGAAUCUCCCAGUUCGCGAUUUUUUCGGACCCGGAGAUACCUUCCAAGGACUCAGUCUGCAGCAAGUGGUUCUCAGUUUCAACACAACGACAGACCCGGCGAGCCCGAGGCUGGCCUCUAUUCGCGUGGACAUCGAGGCGGCGGGUAAUUUCGGCAAGGUCGAUGACAAGAUGCCGGUGUUCUUGAUGACAUACUCCUGGAUGCGUGCCAUCGGCGGAGUAGGCAGUGUCCGGGGUCAAUUGUGGUCUUCGUACGACAUUUCCAAGGAGCGAAUCCUGCAGCCGUAUUACGAAGUAUGGACGGAUAUAAGCCCUGCUACGAGAAGCCCGGGAACUGCAAUCAACUUGGCAACUCUAAUUCCAGGGCAAACAGUGAGUAUUCCAGAAAACAUCCCCUCGCAAAUCACCAAUGCAUACGCCGAGCUUUCGGCAGAGUCAGUAUCAUUUGGAGCGCUUGUCGCCACUAGAGAACCUCAGGAUGCGGAAGGCCAGGUGCCGCAACCGUACCUGCAACAGCUGCGACUCGAUGUUUCCUACGCCUGGCAGAGGGUGGCAGAAUUCAAGUUUAAUUUCAAAGUGUUGGCGGGCAUCCCACCUCCUGCGGGCAUCUCACCUUCUCCGGGCAUCACGUAUGACCAGGAUACGAUUAUCUCGGGGGAGCUGAGUUAUUUUCAAGGUGGUGAGCGGCACGAGCAGUAG